AUAACUGAGAUGGAACACGGAGAACGGUAUGCCGCGUAAAAUUCUAAGCCACCGAGUAGAUGAGAGCUUUAACCGCAGCCCCAGACUUAAAAAGUCGGUCAGGAUUUUUCAAUUUUGUGUGAAGAGCUUGAGGGGGUUGAGGCGCUCGCUCACACACACCCUUUCCACCAUCCCCCUUUUCGGUUUUCGCGAUCUCGAUUGCUUCAUCUCUCGUCAGCGGAGCCAGCCUACCCCAUCUUCUUGCGGGCCUGCUUUCCCACUUUUUGCUCUUUUCAUCUGAAAGGGAAGUCCGGGCGCUCAUCUCUCUUUCUCUCUACCCCGAGAAGUCGUCAGUCGUGUGGCAAGGCAACGCAUGAACGGGCACACAUGCGGCGUGCAGCGGCUUUCGAUUUUUGGUUGCUUGCCAGCUCGCUUUUCUGCUGCGCCGAAGUGAAAUCUUUUUUGCUCCGGCCUUAACUCAUCUCUCGCUCGGUGUGAAAAUCGCUUCGAACGGAAAGGAAAGAGAAGGAAAAAAAGAAAAAGUGAGUGAACAAAAACAACAACUACAACCCCGGUGUGGUUUGUUUAUUUCCCGCUCUGUGGUGUGCGUGAGUUUGGAUUUUUUUUUCUCCCAGAAGCAAUGCACCCUUUGUACGGUGAGCACCAUGGUUAUUACCGGUACGACGGGUACCCGGGUAUGAGUAUGAACUCAGCGGGUAAUGGUGUGAUGCCGGCGGCAUACACGGCGGGGCAACACCAGCAACAGACAGUCGAACGGUACGGUGCAACUGCUGUGGUGAGACCCUCUCCAUACGCUUCACCUUAUGCCGCUGCAGCUGGAGGUAUGCAUCAGACAGCUACUGCCCAGCCGUCAAAAGACAUGGUAAAGCCGCCUUACUCUUACAUCGCUUUAAUUACCAUGGCAAUACAGAAUUCUCCCGAGAAAAAGAUAACUUUAAAUGGCAUCUAUCAGUUUAUCAUCGAUCGGUUUCCCUUUUAUCGUGAGAACAAACAAGGGUGGCAGAACUCCAUCCGGCACAACCUAAGCCUGAACGAUUGUUUCGUAAAAGUACCGAGAGACGACAAGAAACCAGGCAAAGGCAGCUACUGGACACUAGAUCCGGACAGUGCCAAUAUGUUCGAUAAUGGUAGUUACCUUCGGAGGAGACGACGGUUCAAAAAGAAAGACGCCCUCCGAGAAAAGGAAGACAAUUCCUUAAAAAAACAACAGCCUCCCAAGCGAGAGGAACAGGGCAAAGAGAGCGUUCAGGCGGAACAGACCGGCAGUAAUCUCGCAAUGAAAACAAACUCUGUCGUCCCUAACAACAACAUAGAAGCAUCAUCUGCCGGAUCGAGUCGUGGUGAUCGUCACUCAGUGUCUCCCCAUCAUCGAAGUAACCAUCACCUUCACCUACCAUGUACUGUGACUCCAAAAGUAGAGCCAAUGGAUGAGGAUAUUGUUGACCAUCGCCAUAAUAAUCCAUUAUUUAACCCAUCCUGCAUGCAAAGGCUUGUAAUGGCUGGUGAUUGCAAAUACGAGAGAAUGAAAUCAAGUCCAGUUAUUCCCAACAACAAUGUGAGUCCAGUAACAACAUCUUCUUAUGUGGAUGCGUCGGUGGUGGAUGGAACUUCAUUAUCGAGCUUUUCUGUGGACUUGCUUGUCAGAGAUCCCAGAGCCCAUUCUCCUGGUAACCACAUGUCCGAUGCAAUCAUCAACAGUUUGUCAUCCCGCUCUGGCAUUAAUUCCAGUCUAAGGUCUUGUUCUAGCACCAAUGGUUUGAAUACUUUGUCUUAUGGGUCAAGAAGCGGUGGAUUUAAUUGCUCAGCACUUACACUGCCACCUUGCUCAGCAUCCCCAACAUCGUCCACUCUUAAUUAUAACUGUUCUGUAUCCCCGAAUUGUGGAUAUGAUCGUGAAACAAGUGGUAGAAGUAGUGUGGUAUCACGGUCAGGUGUUCGAGCUAGCUCAAGCAAUAGCAGCAGCAGUGGUCUCGUAAAUACAGGACUAGACGAAACAGGCCAGUACAACAUGCCCACUGGACACAUUGCUUUGAGCAUGCCAGGUUCCCCUCAACAAACAUCUUACAUGAAUAGAAGUGCAACUGCCACGUCCAACUCCCUAACCGCGAGUUGGAAUUAUCCAUUACCUAACACUGCGUCAGACUGCUCAUUGUACACAGACUCAAAUGGUAAUUUUGUGAGAGACAUGUUCGAAAAUCAGCGAAUUGCACCAUCAUCAUCUUCAACUGGAAUGGUCAAUCCGAGCUGCCAGAUGAACUUCGGUGUUGGAACUUCAUCUAGUUAUAACCACAGGACAGCAUCUACUGUAUAUGGCUACGACUAUUCAAGAUUUUAACGUGUGGACUUCUGUACAUAUCAUUUGAGGAACUCAUUUGAAGUGGCAUCUUAUGAUGAUCUGUGCCAAUUUGGAGGAAAUCAUAAUCUCAUCUAACAUCAUGCCAAGAAUAUAAGACUAAGAAAAGAAGAAAAACCCACGAAUGUUUUAUCUUCAAAAAUUUUUCUCUCAAAAAGUAUGAAAGUUGACUGGGAAAUGUGCCAAAUGUUUAAAAAGUUGUUGUUCGCAUUUUAAAAUAUACUUAAUCAAAAAUUAUGAUUGCUAUAAAAUUUAGAUAUCAUUUGUUAAAAUGAAAGAAAUGAUCUAAAAACUGUGUAAAUUGAAUACAAAUCUUAUUUCAUUUUUUAAUAUCGGGUCAAUAAAACUAAUAAAUUAUAAAUCAUAUAUUUAUUAUUUAAAAACAUUUUUUAAACGGAAGCUUUAAAAUUUUUGUAAUUAUUUUGUAUUAAGGGCAUA